AGCGCAACUAAAAUGAAGACCAUAAUUACAGCAUUACUAAUUUUGUUAACAACUCACUAUGGAAGUUGUGCAAAAAUUUUGGGGGUUUUUACGUCACCAGGCCGCAGCCACUACAGCCUUGGUAGAACCUUAAUGAAAGCUUUAGCCGAGAAAGGACACGAUGUCACCCUGAUUAGUUCCGUCGGCGAGAAGGAACCCCCAAAAACGAAAGGAACUUACAGAGACAUUGUCAUUACAGCGGUUGCCGAAAACAUGAAAGAAAUGGCAAAGAGGGGUGAAAUGAGUAUGUUCGAUCAUGGGGACAUGAACCCGUUCACUGCAAACGCAUUUCUGAUACGAAUGUUGCCUAUAAUGAUGGAACCAUCGUUACGGGACAAAGAAAUCCAAAAAUUGAUUCACUCCAACGAAAAAUUCGAUGCUGUGAUUGUAGAACAGUUUAUGAAUGAUGCAGAGAAAGCGUUAGCUAAUCAUUUCGGGGCACCUUUAAUAGUUUUGAGUUCCAUGGGGGCUAACUAUUGGGUAAACACGUUAGUCGGAAACCCUUCACCUAUUUCGUAUAUUCCGAUGAUGUCGACGGAGUAUUCAAUCCCCAUGACGUUUCUUCAACGAGUUGAAAACAGUCUUUUGUUUGUAAUGACGGAAGUACUUUUCAAAUGGUUUGUGUACCCUGGCCAGAACGCGAGGAUUAAAAAGUACAUCCCGAACGGACCUGACAUUAAUGACGUACUUUACAAUGCUUCAAUUUUUUUAAUGAACUCUCACCCGAGCAUAAACCAGGCAGUACCGUACGUACCCAACAUGAUAGAUAUUGGAGGGUUUCACGUACAACCACCAAAGAAACUCCCUCAAGACUUGCAAGAAUUUUUAGAUGACGCGAAAGACGGUGUUAUUUAUUUCAGCAUGGGUUCUAAUUUGAAAAGUGCUGAGUUGCCACCAGAGAAAAGGGACGCGAUUUUGGGGACGUUCUCGAAAUUGAAGGAACAAGUUUUGUGGAAAUGGGAGGAGGAUGUUCUACCUGGACAACCAAAGAAUGUCAAGCUAUCGAAAUGGUUGCCACAACAAAGCAUUCUGGCACAUCCAAAUGUCAAACUCUUUAUUACCCAUGGAGGUUUAUUAAGUACUACCGAGACUAUCUACCACGGGGUGCCUAUUUUGGCGAUUCCCGUCUUUGGUGAUCAAAAACUAAACGCUAAAGCGGCUGUGAACAAUGGUUUUGGUCGUAUGUUACCCUACAAUGAUAUUACCGAAGAAAGUUUGACCCAAAAUAUUCAAGAAAUUUUGAACGAUCCUAAAUAUAGAAAUAACGCGAAAAAGAAGUCUGAAGCUUUUCACGACCGGCAGAAUACUCCAAUGGAAACAGCGAUAUUCUGGAUCGAGUAUGUGAUUCGUCAUAAAGGAGCACCACACCUGAGAGUUGCAGCUCUUGAUCUACCUUGGUACCAAUAUUACUUGCUUGACGUAUUUGGUUUUCUAGUUUUAAUUAGUUUGGUCAGCGGAUGUAUUUUUUACUAUUCAAUUAGAGCAGUUUUGAAAAAAAUUUGCAAAAGUAAAAAAUUAAAGCAGACGUAAUCUGAGAAUCUACAAUGACUUGGCAAUAAUUUUAGAAAUGUAAGUCGCAUCAUCAUUCUGACAAAGAAUAUUACACAAGGUUACACAACAUUGAAAAGUUUCAAUUUUAUCUAUCCUCUUCAA